AUUGUCUAUUAUUUUUAGUUUUCAAAUUUUAAAUAUUAUCUUAGGAAAUACGAGUGCUUGGUAUCACAGCAGGACAUUAAGGAAUGAACCUUGUAUAUUAUUACCUUUAGGUCAUUAGAAUGAGUAAUAAUAAUGAGACUAUUUUAAGCGAGUCAAUACAGGUCAGCAAUAUAAAUCGCGACUUUAUAAAGACGUAAAGUAUUGGUGAUCACAAGCAGUCAUGAGUUUCCAAGCCAGGUGUGCUUUGUAUCUUAUUUCCAUAGUUGUAUGUACAAUAGAGGCAAAAGUUUUCGAACGGUGUGAAUUAGCACGAGAACUGCACGGUAUUCACGAUAUACCCAUAGACCAGCUGGCUACUUGGGUUUGUAUUGCUUACCACGAAUCUCGAUACGACACUGCCGCUCGAAAUCCAGGUAGUGGUGACCAUGGAAUUUUUCAAAUUAGUGAACAUUAUUGGUGCUCCGCUUCUGGUGAUGACAUUCUAGCCUGUGGUCUUCCUUGUUCUGCUUUCGAGGACGACGAUAUCGAAGACGAUGUCAUUUGUGCACGGAGAGCAUAUCGCCAACACCAGAGGCUAAGCGGAAAUGGAUUUAAUGCAUGGUCUGUUUAUCGUUAUUAUUGUUCAGAUCCUAUUAAAGUUGACAAAUACAUAGCCGGAUGUUUUGGAAAAGAAGAUCUUACACAAGGUGUUACUUCAAAAAUUUCAAAUGGAACUAGAGUUCCUAAAUUAAUGUUUUUUAUACGCUUCAAAUACACCAAGCAUUUCGAGGACUCGUACGCAACAACUCCAAGACCGACUUCAACAACUACGAACAAUGCUUUUCCUAGUUUUAUCCCUGUGAUUGUUCCUCAAGGUUGUUACUCCUGCAAUCCAAUUACAAACUCAACAUCUCACAAUCAUUCCCAUCACCAUCAUCACCACCAUUACCAUCAUGUUCAUAUUCACAACGAAUCUUCAAUAUUUAGACCUAAUGUUAGUUUAUCUUCACCUUCUAAUAACCACUCACUCACUGUCCUUUCAAAGUACUCAACAGGUUUCUGA